AUGAAACGUAUGAUUGAGAAGAGUCUGCGGCAGCAGCGAAUUCAACAAAGCCAGUUGAAUCAGCAACGAAGGGGAACGCUUGAAAAGAUGACCAGCGUUAUCAGUGAAGAAUCUAGGGAAACGGAUGACCUUGGCAGGUAUUCUGGGUACAAUUAUGAGCUGGACUGGGCUAACAGCAAGACCUUUAUAAAGCAACUCGCCAAAGACAACAUAGAUCCCUCCCUCUUGAAUGAAGAACUUCAACGGCAUGCAGAAAGUAGGCGACGUCAAAGCUGGCGAACACGAUGCCUAGGCCGUUUUCGCAGUAACGCUGCUCAAAUUCUCUUGUGUCUUCUUGUGCUCAUUGACUCAGGAAUCGUUAUUUCUGAAAUUAUUUUGGAAAUUCGGUCCAUCCAAAAUUAUAAAGAACUUUUCGACAUUCACGCUCAACACCUUACUUAUCUGAUGGCAACGCACAAUUUCCGGUGGACAGGUUCGUGGUGCUCCUCCACCGGGAUCGCGUCGGACAAUGUUUACAGCGACCGCCAUACUCAGCGCAUUCACACCACUCAGAGCCACUACCAGGCCGUUUUUCCUUUGGGCAGCACCGCCUCCAUGGAUGAGCACCAAUUGGCUGUUCUCGGCGACUUUAUUCAAUGCUGGCAGACCUACGUGAAUUCCGCGACCAGGAUACAGGAAAACGGUAGCUGUGAUUCCUAUGGGAAAUGGAGGGCUGCUGAAGCUGAUCGUUACGAUCUUGUUGGAAUUGUAACUUAA